CUCACUCUCAACCCACAAGUCGCUCGGUGGUCUUAGUCCAAGGGGGGGAAAAGCCACAUAAACUCAUAUGGUACCAGGGCACAUGUCACAUGUUUCCCAAUUCUGAUUUGUUUACAGCCUCGUGACAAGUGGAAACAGGGAUUUUGUAUUCUUCCUCUAAGUUGCCAGCGGUACGGAGAUGCGCGUUUUACAGUCACUCGUUUUGAACAGUUUACUUCAGAAUAACAGAGUUAGAUCUGCAGAGCACAUUGCGUGCAUCAAAAAUGCAAAAUCGGUCGGCGUCCAGGGGUAUCGGUGCAAGACAAGGCAGAAUUUGGUACCGACCAACUUCUUUAAAAGUUCCUGCAAAGCGUCACCCAGGCAAGCCUGCAGGAGCUGGCUAACUUCGAGCAGGGGAUGGGCUGUCAGCACCCGAUGUUUACGGGUUUCUUCGCAAUACUGUAACCGCGCUUCAAACACCGCCUAUGAUGAAGCUUUCAGCAGUGCACGGGACACUCCUGAAGUCUUCUGGAGUAAAGCGGCAGAAAACGUCAGCUGGUUUGAGCCCUGGAGCAAAACUUUGGAUGUUACUGAUCCCGUAUUUCCGAAAUGGUUUGUCGGAGCCAAGCUCAAUGUUUGCCACAACGCAGUGGACCGGCAUGUUGAAAACGGGCGUGGGGACCAGAUUGCUAUCAUUUAUGAUAGCCCAGUCACAGGAGUAAAGCAAUUUAUCACCUACAGUGAGGUGCAGAAACAGGUGUCCAGGCUGGCCGGCGUGCUGGUGCGGCACGGGGUGCGUCGGGGGGACCUGGUGGUCAUCUACAUGCCCAUGAUCCCUCAGGCCAUGUUCGUCAUGCUGGCCUGCGCCCGCAUCGGGGCUCCCCACAGCCUCAUCUUUGGCGGCUUCGCCUCCAAGGAGCUGUCUGUCCGCAUCGACCACGCCAAGCCCAAAGUAAUCGUGACGGCCUCGUUUGGCAUCGAGCCCGGCAGGAGAGUGGAGUACAUCCCUCUGGUGGAAAAGGCCCUGGAGCACUGCACCCACAAACCUGGCAAAGUCCUCAUCUACAACCGGCCCGGCAUGGAAACAGUCUCUACUUGGCCUGGGCUGGGUCUGGACUGGGAGGAAGAGAUGGCCACAGCCCGUCCUCACGACUGUGUUCCAGUCCCUGCCAAUCAUCCACUCUAUGUCCUUUACACCUCUGGGACCACAGGAGCCCCUAAGGGAAUCGUGCGAGACUCAGGAGGGUACGCAGUGAUGCUCAGCUGGACCAUGUUCAAUGUGUACGGCCUGAGUCCUGGUGAGGUGUGGUGGGCGGCAUCUGACCUAGGGUGGGUGGUAGGCCACUCCUACAUUUGUUAUGCCCCCCUUAUCCAUGGCAACACCACAGUUCUCUAUGAGGGCAAGCCUGUGGGCACGCCAGACGCCGGAGCGUUCUUCCGCGUGCUGUCUGAACAUGGAGUGGCGUCCAUGUUCACCGCGCCCACUGCCAUCCGGGCUAUCCGCCAGCAGGACCCCCAGGCCUCCGUGGGGAGACAGUACCCACUCACAAGGAUGAGGACCAUGUUCUUGGCAGGCGAACGCUGUGAUGUGGAAACGCUGGACUGGGCCAAGAAGAACUUUGGGGUCCCCGUGCUGGACCACUGGUGGCAGACAGAGAGCGGUUCUGCCAUCACUGCCACCUGCAUUGGCCUGGGAAACUCACUGUCACCCCCUCCCGGCCAAGCUGGCAGGCCUGUACCAGGAUACAAUGUCUCAGUGAUUGACGACAACAUGCAGGAAGUGAAGCCGAGGACUCUGGGAAAUAUCGUAGUGAGACUCCCGCUGCCUCCCGGAGCGGCCUUAUCUCUGUGGCAGAACCACCAGCUGUUUAAGGAGCUCUACUUCACUAAGUUCCCUGGUUGCUACGACACCAUGGACGCAGGCUUUGUGGACGAGGAGGGCUUUUUGUACAUCAUGUCAAGAUCUGAUGAUGUCAUCAACGUGGCAGGCCACAGGCUGUCGGCUGGGGCUCUCGAGGAGUCGGUCCUGCAGCAUUCGGCGGUGGCGGACUGCGCGGUGGUGGGACUGGAGGACUCUCUGAAGGGCCACGUUCCCCUGGCCCUGUGCGUGCUCAAGAACGGUGUGCAGCGCAGCCAGGAGGAGGUGGUGGAGGAGAUGGUGCGGCUGGUGAGGGAGAGCAUCGGCCCCGUGGCUGCCUUCCGGAAGGUUCUCUUCGUCCAGAGCCUCCCCAAGACCCGCUCCGGGAAAAUCCCCCGCUCCGCCCUUUCCAACCUGGUCAACAAGAAGCCUUACAAGAUCACUCCUACCAUUGAGGAUCCUGAUGUGUUCAAGGACAUCGAGAAGCUCAUCAGUGAGAAGCUGUGAGUGAGAG